AUGGUUGAAAAGGCUGAACGCUCCCAGAGAAAUACACAAAGGGCUGAAAUGAUGGUUGUAUCUUUGUCCACUCAGAGACCACUGGAGGGGAGGUCAGCCUUUGCAGGCCUAGCUGGCCAUGGUGGACCACAAGGCCCACAGUUGACCUUCAAGGAUGUGUUCAUAGAUUUCACUCCUGAGGAGUGGGAAUGCCUGGACCCUGCCCAGAGGACCUUGUACAAGGACGUGAUGGUGGAGACCCUCAGGAACCUGCUGUCUGUGGGCAGAUGUGUGACAAAGCCUUUAGUCAUUUUUCAACAAGAACAUGAGAAAGAUCCCUGGAUUGUGGAGAAUGAGGUCCCAUCAGUCUCCUCCCAGAAAAUUACAUUUUAUUAUAUCAUGAGAAACACUGGGCUGGAAGAAGCACAAGCUGGAAUCAAGAUUGCUGGGAGAAAUAUCAAUAACCUCAGAUAUGCAGAUGAUACCACCCUUAUGGCAGAAAGUGAAGAGGAACUAAACCUACUGAUGAAAGUGAAAGAGGAGAGUGAGAAAGUUGGCUUAAAGCUUAACAUUCAGAAAACUAAGAACAUGGCAUCUGGUCGCAUCACCUCAUGGGAAAUAGAUGGGGAGACAGUGGGAACAGUGUCAGACUUUAUUUUUUUGGGCUCCAAAAUCACUGCAGGUGGUGACUGCAGCCAUGAAAUUAAAAGAUGCUUACUCCUUGGAAGGAAACUUAUGACCAACCUAGAGAGCAUGUUAAAAAGCAGAGACAUUACUUUGCCGACAAAGGUCCAUCUGGUCAAGGCCAUGGUUUUUCCAGUGGUCAUGUAUGGAUGUGAGAGUUGGACUGUGAAGAAAGCUUGUACGGGCUCUCUGCCUGUGCUCAGUAGUUGUGACUCCCGAACUCUGGAACACGGAGUUGUGGCCUACAGGCUUAGCUCCUCCAAGUUGAUGAAAGAAAUGACAGAGGAACCUCUAUAUCCCACAACAAAAAUCUCACCGAUAGUAGAUCAUGAUAGUAGAAGUGAUGAAGGAAAUAAGCCUGUUGAAAGGCAUGGAUCAAGCUUUCAAGAUCAGUUGCAGAUACUUGAAUCUGAAGGGACAGUUUCUGAAUGUAGUCAGGUCGUGGCGAAUAUCAACAGCAGCACCUCAGAUUUGCCACCUCUGAGAACUCGUAGUGUCCGUAAAGGCAAUUCUCAUAAACGUGAGAGUGCUGUUAUGCAUCCCUCAGAACUGGGACCAGACCAGGAAGCACACGGGAAAAAAACUUACAGUUUUCAUCAGAGAAAUCAUCCUGGAGAGAAACCAUAUAAAUGUGAUGUCUGUGGCCACUGCUUUAAACAGCAUACACAGCUUCAACAUCAUCGGCGAAUUCAUACCGGAGAUAAACCAUAUAAAUGUGAUGUGUGUGGAAAGGCCUUUAGUCACAAAGCAAGGCGUACAGUUCAUCAGACCCUUCAUAGUGGAGAGAAACCUUAUACAUGUGAAGUAUGUGGCCGUGGCUAUACUCGAAAGUCACACCUUGGAAUUCAUUGGAGAGUUCAUACCGGAGAGAAACCAUAUAAAUGUGAUGUAUGUGGCAAGGCUUUUAGUGUAAAUGCAAGGCUUGUAGUUCAUUGGAGAGUUCAUACUGGAGAGAAACCAUGUAAAAUGUGA